GCUGCCCGGUUUUCUGGACCCAAGAACUGAGGUGGCGGCAGCAUGAGAAGGGCCCGCAGAACCGGAGACCGUCGGGGAGGCCAGGACCGGGACGGGACCAGGGCCAAAGCUGGCGAGGAGAAACUGACAUCGCAGCAAACCCGCGGCCUCAAAAAUAAGCCUAACUCAGAAUCCUGGAGAAGGCAGAAGCUGCUGCAGAUUCAUGAAGCCCUAAGCCAGGAUCCAGUAGAUGUGGAGUUACUACGAAAGGCUGCCCAAAGCCGAGGGGGCCUACUUAGUGACCAGGUCCGGAGGAAGGUCUGGCCCCGGCUUCUGGGCCUUAGCCCCUAUGACCUGCCACGCCAUCCAGGCCGAAGCUCGCUGCAGGAUCACAGAGACUAUCACCAGGUGCAGAUGGAUGUGGAGCGCUCCCUGGCCCACUUUCCCCGGGGGAUGCGCCCUGAGCAGAGGGCAGUGCUCCAGGAGCAGCUGGUGGCCGUGAUCCUGGCUGUGCUGAGCUCCCGGCCGGAGCUGCACUAUUACCAGGGCUAUCACGAGGUGGCGCUGGCCCUGCUGCUGGUGCUGGGGCCCCGGGCGGCCGCCGCUUUGCUGGACCAGCUCUCCAUGCACCACCUGAGGGACUUCAUGGAUCCCACAAUGGACAAUACCUGGCACAUCCUGAACUACCUGCUGCCUUUGCUGGCCCGCGAGAGUCCUCAGCUACACAGCUUCAUGGAGAGGGCCGAGGUGGGAACAGUCUUUGCCUUAAGCUGGCUGCUGACCUGGUUUGGCCACGUGCUGCCCGAGCCCACCCACGUGCUGCGUCUCAUGGACUUCUUCCUGGCUUCUCACCCGCUCAUGCCCGUCUAUGUGGCCGCUGCGGUGGUUUUAUACCGGGAGCCAGAGGUCUUAGCAUGUCCCUGUGACAUGCCAAGCCUGCACCAGCUGCUAUCUCGCCUGCCCCAGCCCUUGCCCACUGAGUCUCUCCUGGCCCAGGCCCUGAACCUCUUUGCCCGACAUCCCCAUUCCCAACUAGCCCAGGAGACUGCCAUGAGGACCCAUAGCAGCUUAUCCAUUGAAGGCUCCUUCACAGCUCUCCGAGCAGCCUCAGCACAUCAGCGGCCUGACUGGGUCUUACAGAAGCAGCGGCAACAGCCAGGGUACCAGAAGGCUUCAGGGAGUCAGGCUGGGCCCAGUACCCUGGUGAAAGCAGCAGUAUGGGGUCUCUCAGCCACAUUAGGGGCAGCAGCCCUGGCUGUCACACAGACUGCAUUGGGCUGGGGCCCUGAAGUUCUCUGGAAGAUCUUUUAGACAAACUCAUGUCCCAUUGUGACUACAGCUGACCUCCAGACAGUGGACUAGCUAUUACUGGACUGAGCACAGCUCAAAUAGCCAUAGCUGGACUGGCCAAUCAUGAUAGCCCUGGCAACUGUACCCAGCUGGACAGAAGGACCCAAAGAGAUGGCUGAAGUAUUCCUUCUGUCUUUCCAUGACCAUGCCCCUCUCCCAACCACCUAUUCCCCCCCACACACAAGGAGAGAGUCACUGGACAGGGCUUGUCUGCAGACACUGCUGGGGGACAGAAGUGAAGAGACCUUUGGACCAUUCUAUCCAUCCGUUUCCUUGGGGCAAAGGUGAGCCGUCAUGAUUUUGUAUCUGGACCAAUAAAUUCAUCACAUCCUGGCUCCUAUCA